UGUACCCACGCCCCCGCCCUGGCCUGGGCUGGCAAGGAAGACCUGUGGGCGGGCGUCAAAAGGGGGACCGGCCCUGUGACCCCUCACCGGGGCCGUGGGCCCGAGCCCCGGACUUCCCGAAGCCGGCAAUGACCGCCUGCGCCCGCCGAGCGGGUGGGCUUCCGGACCCCAGGCUCUGCGGCCCCGCGCGGUGGGCUCCGGCCCUGCCCCGCCUCCCCCGGGCCCUGCCCCGGCUCCCGCUCCUGCUGCUCCUGCUCCUGCUGCAGCCCCCCGCCCUCUCCGCGGUGUUCACGGUGGGGGUCCUGGGCCCCUGGGCUUGCGACCCCAUCUUCUCCCGGGCCCGCGCGGACCUGGCAGCCCGCCUGGCCGCCGCCCGCCUGAACCGCGACCCCGACCUGGCCGGCGGCCCCCGCUUCGAGGUCGCGCUGCUGCCCGAGCCGUGCCGGACCCCGGGUUCGCUGGGGGCCGUGUCCUCCGCGCUGACCCGCGUGUCGGGUCUCGUGGGUCCGGUGAACCCUGCAGCCUGCCGGCCGGCCGAGCUGCUCGCCGAAGAAGCCGGGAUCGCGCUGGUGCCCUGGGGCUGCCCCGGGACGCAGGCGGCGGGCACCACAGCCCCUGCCGUGACCCCCGCCGCGGACGCCCUCUACGCCCUGCUUCGCGCAUUCGGCUGGGCGCGCGUGGCCCUGGUCACCGCCCCCCAGGACCUGUGGGUGGAGGCGGGACACUCACUGUCCACGUCACUCAGGGCCCGGGGCCUGCCCGUCGUCUCCGUGACUUCCAUGGAGCCCUUGGACCUGUCUGGAGCCCGGGAGGCCCUGAGGAAGGUUCGGGACGGGCCCAGGGUCACAGCAGUGAUCAUGGUGAUGCACUCGGUGCUGCUGGGCGGCGAGGAGCAGCGCUACCUCCUGGAGGCCGCGGAGGAACUGGGCCUGACCGAUGGCUCCCUGGUCUUCCUGCCCUUCGACACGAUCCACUACGCCUUGUCCCCAGGCCCGGAGGCCUUAGCUGCACUCGCCAACAGCUCCCAGCUUCGCAGGGCCCAUGAUGCGGUGCUUACCCUCACGCGCCACUGUCCCUCUGAAGGCAGCGUGUUGGACAGCCUGCGCAGGGCCCAAGAGCGCCGCGAGCUGCCCUCUGACCUCAAUCUGCAGCAGGUCUCCCCACUCUUUGGCACGAUCUACGAUGCGGUCUUCUUGCUGGCGAGGGGCGUGGCAGAAGCGCGGGCUGCCGCUGGUGGCAGAUGGGUGUCUGGAGCAGCUGUGGCCCGCCACGUCUGGGAUGCGCAGGUCCCUGGCUUCUGCGGGGACCUAGGAGGAGACGAGGAGCCUCCAUUCGUGCUGCUAGACACGGACGCGGUGGGAGACCGGCUUUUUGCCACAUACAUGCUGGAUCCUACCCGGGGCUCCCUCCUCUCUGCCGGGACCCCGAUGCACUUCCCGCGUGGGGGAUCAGCACCUGGGCCUGACCCCUCAUGCUGGUUCGAUCCAAACAACAUCUGCGGUGGAGGACUGGAGCCGGGCCUCGUCUUUCUUGGCUUCCUCCUGGUGGUUGGGAUGGGGCUGGCUGGGGCCUUCCUGGCCCAUUAUGUGAGGCACCAGCUACUUCACAUUCAAAUGGUCUCCGGUCCCAACAAGAUCAUCCUGACUGUGGACGACAUCACCUUUCUCCACCCACAUGGGGGCACCUCUCGAAAGGUGGCCCAGGGGAGUCGAUCAAGUCUGGCUGCCCGCAGCAUGUCAGACGUUCGCAGUGGCCCCAGCCAACCCUCGGACAGCCCCAACGUUGGCGUCUAUGAGGGAGACAGGGUUUGGCUGAAGAAAUUCCCAGGGGAUCAGCACAUAGCUAUCCGCCCAGCAACCAAGACGGCCUUCUCCAAGCUCCAGGAGCUCCGGCACGAGAACGUGGCCCUCUACCUGGGGCUCUUCCUGGCUCGGGGAGCAGAAGGCCCUGCGGCCCUCUGGGAGGGCAACCUGGCUGUGGUCUCAGAGCACUGCACGCGGGGCUCCCUCCAGGACCUCCUCGCUCAGAGAGAAAUAAAGCUGGACUGGAUGUUCAAGUCCUCCCUCCUGCUGGACCUGAUCAAGGGAAUAAGGUAUCUGCACCAUCGAGGCGUAGCUCAUGGGCGGCUGAAGUCACGGAACUGCAUAGUGGAUGGCAGAUUCGUACUCAAGAUCACUGACCACGGCCACGGGAGACUGCUGGAAGCACAGAAGGUGCUACCGGAGCCUCCCAGAGCAGAGGACCAGCUGUGGACAGCCCCGGAGCUGCUUAGGGACCCGGCCCUGGAGCGCCGGGGAACGCUGGCUGGUGACGUCUUUAGCUUGGCCAUCAUCAUGCAAGAAGUGGUGUGCCGCAGUGCCCCUUACGCCAUGCUGGAGCUCACUCCCGAGGAAGUGGUGCAGAGGGUGCGGAGCCCCCCUCCACUGUGUCGACCCUUGGUGUCCAUGGACCAGGCACCUGUCGAGUGUAUCCACCUGAUGAAGCAGUGCUGGGCAGAGCAGCCGGAACUUCGGCCCUCCAUGGACCACACUUUCGACCUGUUCAAGAACAUCAACAAGGGUCGGAAGACGAACAUCAUUGACUCGAUGCUUCGGAUGCUGGAACAGUACUCCAGUAACCUGGAGGAUCUGAUCCGGGAGCGCACAGAGGAGCUGGAGCUGGAAAAGCAGAAGACAGACCGGCUGCUUACACAGAUGCUGCCUCCGUCUGUGGCUGAGGCCUUGAAGACGGGGACACCAGUGGAGCCCGAGUACUUUGAGCAAGUGACACUGUACUUCAGUGACAUUGUGGGCUUCACCACCAUCUCUGCCAUGAGUGAGCCCAUUGAGGUGGUGGACCUGCUCAACGACCUCUACACGCUGUUUGAUGCCAUUAUUGGUUCCCACGAUGUCUACAAGGUGGAGACAAUAGGGGACGCCUAUAUGGUGGCCUCGGGGCUGCCCCAGAGGAAUGGGCAGCGACACGCGGCAGAGAUCGCCAACAUGUCGCUGGACAUCCUCAGUGCUGUGGGCACUUUCCGCAUGCGCCAUAUGCCUGAGGUUCCCGUGCGCAUUCGCAUAGGCCUGCACUCAGGUCCAUGCGUGGCAGGCGUGGUGGGCCUCACCAUGCCGCGGUACUGCCUGUUUGGGGACACGGUCAACACUGCCUCACGCAUGGAGUCCACCGGGCUGCCUUACCGCAUCCACGUGAACUUGAGCACCGUGGGGAUUCUCCGUGCUCUGGACUCGGGCUACCAGGUGGAGCUGCGAGGCCGCACGGAGCUGAAGGGCAAGGGCGCCGAGGACACUUUCUGGCUAGUGGGCAGACGCGGCUUCAACAAGCCCAUCCCCAAACCGCCUGACCUGCAACCGGGGUCCAGCAACCACGGCAUCAGCCUGCAGGAGAUCCCACCCGAGCGGCGACGGAAGCUGGAGAAGGCGCGGCCGGGCCAGUUCUCUUGAGAAGUAAGGCCCGGCCCCGGACAGGUUCUGGGCCCUGCUCCCUGUCCCAUCUGCAGUGGACUCCCGGUACUCCCUUUGAGGAGGUGGGGUGAACUGCUCCUUGGCAGGGAUUUGUGACACUGCAUUGCUGGGCUGUGUUCCCUGGGCUCUUCUGGACCUUGCACCGUGGAUACCAGGGCAUGUGCCGUGGUAUCUGGGCCCUGGGAGGGUGGCUGAAAUAAAGGCGUGCUGUCUUCCA